AUGAAGUUCCUACUGCUGAUUACUCUCUUUGUGGUUGCUGCUACGGCAACGGUGGACUAUGAACCGAUUUCCCAGGAGUCCAAUGUGGAGUACAAUGGAAAAUACCAUUAUCAUUACGAGCUCAAGGAUGGCUCCAAGGCCACCCAGGAUGGUGUCCUGAAGUCCGUGAAUGCCGAUCACAAUGGCGAGGCUGUCCAUGGCAAGUACUCCUUCGUUGGUGACGAUGGUGAAACCUAUGUGGUGUCCUACACGGCGGAUGAGAAUGGUUACCAGCCCGUGGGUGCCCAUUUGCCUACACCACCGCCUACCCCCGAGUCAGUACUCAAGGCCCUGGAGUACAUCCGUCUGCAUCCCUAUACUCCACCAGUGAAGAAACACUGA